GGAGUGUGACGUCAGAGGACUUCCGGCACCGCGGUCGGCGGCAGGGCGGGGUUUGUUUUGAGAGCGAGAAGACUCACCAGGCAAGAUGGCGACCGCAGGGUCCGCCGAACGGCCCAGGACACCGGCCAGCGGCGAGCCCCGGUACUGGCCCGCAGCAGGGCGCGGGCCCCGGUCCAGUCCGCCGGAGAACGAGCCGAAGAGGUGCGUGGGCGGGCGGCCCGGUGACAGCCCGCCCUCCGGCCGACGAGCCCAGAGACGCCCCGCCAGUGGAGAGCGGCUCCGGAGGAGGAGCGAGCCCGAGAGGAGCAGCAGCGGGGCGGGCAGGAGGGACCGCAACACCCCAAGAGAGGGCGCUGUGUCUCUGGUCCUUAAAGGCCGAGACGUUUCAUCCGGAGCUGCCGGCAAACACAAGGUGACGUCCAAUGAAAGAGACAAGAUGAAGACGAGCUGCAAGGACGAGUCAGGCCGACACGAUGAAGAGCAGCUUCUGUCCGACUCUGAGAACGAGGAGCCGGUCAGCAGGAGGGUCAGAAACAUCUCAGCCUUCAUCAGGAAAACCAAAAGCUGCGCCGCCCUCUCCAGCGGUGCUCAGAGGAGCCAGAGCUGCAGCGAGCCGGUGGAGGACCGAGGGGGGAAGAACAAGGCCGUCCCCGGGGCCCUCGUGGCCCGCGUCGGCAUCAGUCACAGUUACGCAGCAGGAAUCCUUCUCUCCUCGGAGAACAGCCGCUCCGUCUCGGCUCCCAUCACCGCUGACCGCCGGCUCGCCUGGCGUGCUGUCGUCUCGUCGGCGAUACCCGUGGGCGUCGCCCCCCCGUCCCGCCCCGAGCGCUCCAUCAGCCCCGAGAGCAACGACAGCAUCUCCGAAGAACUCAACCACUUCAAACCCAUUGUCUGCUCGCCGUGCACGCCGCCUAAACGUCUGCCGGACGGACGUCUGCUGGAGCCCACCAUCGUGAAGUCCACGCCCAGGAACUUGAGCCGCGGCCUGCAGAAAGCCACCAGCUACGAGGCCAGUCCCGCCGUCCUGCAGAAGUGGAGGCAGAUAGAACUCGACCGCCAGAGCCUCAAGGUGAACUCCAAGGCGACGCUGACGAGCCCCGUCAACGAGCUCCAAGACAAGAGCGCUGGGGGGGAGGACGCCAGGAGGCGCGCCGGAGGCAGCAUGAGGGCCGCCAACAAGAGGAGGCUGCUGUUCGAGCCUCCGGCCGGAGACACGGUCUCCUUCCAGAAACAGUCUGUGAAGAUCCGUGUCCCAGCGAUCCGCUACAGCAGCGAGGCCACUUUCAGAGGGAGUUCAGACUCAGAGCCGACGGGCGGCGCUCCCGAAUCCGGCAGCGGAGGAUCGAUAUUUAACCGAAAACAGUCAUUCUCACCGUACGCUAAGAACUCUGGUUUCCAGUCCUGUAAAUUUGUGCCAAAGGACUCGCAGAGUCCGAGGAAGGAGUCUGACAGUAGCCUCCAUAACCAGUCUACCUCAAGGAGGGGCAAGAAGCGGGAACAGAAGACGAAGCACCUGAACUCGGAACGGGACUCGGACCUGAAGAGGAGCCGGUCCGCCAGCCAGGAGGCCUUUGACGAGCGGUACGUACGUCAAAUCCAGCAGGAGCGCCAGGACCGAGCCAUCGCCCUGAAGCUGCAGAGACAGUUCGACCGCGAGAACCAGACCGCCAGCCGCCGGAGGAGCCCCGACAAGUACUUUCUGCGGUCCUGGAUGUCCAACCAGAACCAACGCAGGAGGCGUGGCCUGAGGAGAUCACGGCGAAUCAACAAGAAGCACUAGAGAACGAGUCGUCUGCCGACUCGGCACAAAGACGGACAGGAAGAGCUUCAUUUAUGCAACGUGAUGAAAGGUUUCAUUGUUUUUACACAACGGCAAACUUUGAGCCUAAUUUAAAACUCUGUUGAGGAAAAGGACGUGAACUGAACUUGUAUCUGAUCUUUUCACCAGCAAAUCACCAAAAACUGAAUGAGUCAGCUGUGGGCUGAAAUCUUAACUCUAUAAAUUGGAGGUCUGGGGUCUUCAAAGGUGCCUGGAGGUUUGUGCGCUCCAAGGGUUCCUGUAGGUCUCUGUACUUCCGGGGUUUCUAGAAGUCUGGGAUCUUCAGGGGUCCCUGGAGGUCCGUACUCUUCAAUGGUAGAGGAUUUUCAGUGGUACCUGAAGGUAUGGGGUCUUCAGGUUAUUACUGAAUGUCUGUAGGGCUUCAAAGGUCCCUGGAGUCUUUAGGGGCCCAGUAUCUGCUCCCACUAUGUUACUGGUCU